AUGCCAAAAUUAGGAAAAUUAGAGAGGAAGGAGAAAGUAGAGGAUACUGUUAAGAUUGGUGAAAUCGACGAUGGUGUCGAUAAGAGACAGGAAUUAGAGCAGAAAGUUGCCUCAGUAAAAGCUAGGAAUAGCACGUCUGCCAACCAAAAAGCUGCUGGUAGAAAGAAGUCCACGAAGCAGCGGAGUCGUACUUCAAAAGCAGCUGAAAGAGCCGCUGAACACGCUGAUAAACUCAGAAACAAGAAAACUGACUCAGAAAAUCGUAAAAAGAAGAGAGACAAUAGCAAAACUGUUUGGGAGUAA